AUGAGCAGGUCAGAGGAAUUUUUGUUUCUAUUAGCAACUUCCUUUGGAGGAAUAAUUGGGCUUGGAGAGGCAGAGGAGGACAGAGUUGGUUUAUUGCACACGUUGGCAACGCUCCCCUCGCACCCCGAGAGUGUCCCAAUAAAUUCACUGAUUGCAGUAAAAGGCACCCCUCUGGAAGAUCAGAAGGUGUUGGAUGUGGGAAAAGCUUUCCAAUUUUGA